AUGUUCCGCCACGCGCGCACCGCCGUGCGCUUCUUCGCGAAGAAGAAGAAGAAGCAGCGACCAUCGGACUACCGCGCCGUCGUCGGCCUCGAGGUGCACGCGCAGCUCCUCACGGAGCGCAAGGCCUUUUGCAAAUGCCUGAACUGCAGCGACGGCGCGCCGAACGCGCACACCUGCGGCGUGUGCCUCGGCGAGCCGGGCUCGUUGCCCGUGGCCAACCCGGAGAUGGUCGCGCUCGGCGCCGUCGCCGCCGUCGCGCUGCGGUGCGAGUCCGUCGCGGACGACGUGACGUGGGACCGGAAAUCCUACUUCUACCCGGACCUGCCCAAGGGCUUCCAGAUCACGCAGAAGCGGUCGCCGCUGGCCGUGGGCGGGUCCGUGGAGAUUCUCGGCGACGCGGACGCGCGGGGCGGCGGAGAAAACGUAGCGAUCGGCGUCGAGUCCGCGCACCUCGAGGAGGACAGCGCGAAGCUCUCCUACAAAGGUGAUACCUUUGACGUCGACUUCAACCGGUCCGGCUGCGCUCUGGUGGAGAUCGUCUCGAAGCCGGAGCUGCGGAGCGGCGAGGAGGCCGCGCGCUACGCGCGGGAGCUCCAGCGGACGCUGCAACGCGUCGGCGCGUCCGACGGCGACAUGGCCGCGGGCUCCUUCCGCGUGGACGUCAACGUGAGCGUGGCGAAGGACGGCGACGUCGCCCUGCGAGAAAAGGUCGAGAUCAAGAACCUGAACAGCUUCAGGGCCGUCCGCGGCGCCGUGGACCACGAGGUCGAGCGGCAGGGCCGCGCGUACGACGCCGGCGAGACCGUUUUGCCGGAGACGCGGUCCUGGGACGGCAAGAAGACGGCCGUGCUGCGGGCCAAGGGCGGCGCCGAGGCCUAUCGCUUCGCGCCGGAGCCGGACCUGCCGCCG